CCAAUAGCUGUUACUACCCUGAUCUGACCCUUACUAGCAGGGCACAGGAGGCAGGGUCACGUCUGAGCCACGGUGCAGGCACUGCUGGCACAUCUGGCGAGGGUGGCACCGGCAUCAGAAGACCGCGGCUGGGCAUCUACACUGAACCCUCGCUUAUUUGUCUGGAUAUUGCCCUAAACUUGUUUCUUCUUAAUCAUCAUUUCAUUCCACUAAAGCUGCAGUGUACAGGAUGAUCUUUUCCAGUAUGCCCGUGAGGAUACCCACCGGGAAGCUGCAGUCCUAUGUUUCCCCAUCGCAGCACAUGGCUCCUCCUAGCCCCAGUAACAGCAGUGGUGGGGGUGAAGGAGGUGGUGGUGGAGGUGGAGAGCAGCUGAGUAAAACCAACCUGUACAUAAGAGGUCUUCUUCCCAGCACCACGGACCAAGACUUGGUGAAGCUAUGUCAACCGUAUGGAAAAAUUGUCUCUACUAAGGCCAUUUUGGAUAAAACAACCAACAAAUGUAAAGGUUAUGGGUUUGUGGACUUUGACAGCCCUGGAGCUGCUCAGAAAGCAGUCACAGCCCUGAAAGCUAGUGGAGUGCAAGCUCAAAUGGCAAAGCAACAGGAACAGGACCCCACUAACCUGUACAUCUCCAACUUGCCGAUCAAUAUGGACGAGCAGGAGCUAGAGUCGUUGCUAAAACCCUUUGGGCAGGUCAUAUCAACUCGUAUCCUGCGCGAUGCUAAUGGCACCAGUCGAGGGGUUGGGUUUGCAAGGAUGGAAUCUACCGAAAAGUGUGAAGCUGUAAUCCUUCAUUUUAAUGGCAAAUAUAUCAAAACGCCUCCAGGGGUCCCAGCUCCCCAAGAGCCUUUGCUCUGCAAGUUUGCAGAUGGUGGACAGAAAAAAAGACAGACUCAAGGAAAAUACAUACAGAAUGGACGUGGCUGGCCACGUGAAGGAGAGACGGGUGGUAUGACCUUGGCAUAUGAUCCUACAACUGCUCUGCAGAAUGGGUUCUACACCCCAUACAGUAUUGCUCCAAACAGGGUUAUUGCUCAGGCAGCCCUCUCCCCGUACCUGCCAUCACCUGUAUCUUCUUAUCAGGUUCACAGUCCCUCCUGGAUGCAUCAUCAGUCAUACCUCAUGCAGCCUGCAGGAACUGUCCUCACACCCACUAUGGACCAUGCUAUUUCCAUCCAGCCUGCUUCCAUCAUGGGACCUCUGGCUCAACAGCUGGGACACCUGUCACUGGGCAGCACUGGAGCGUAUAUGCCUGCUGCAGCCGCUAUGCAGGGGGCUUACAUCCCCCAGUUUCCGUCCGUGCCUUCUACUGUCUCCAUAGAGGAGAGCAGCGGGCAGCCUCAACAAGUUGCUGUGGAAGCCACCACAGAACACGCCACUUAUUCCUACCAGUGAAACCAAUUAAGCGGGGCUCACAUGUGGCAGUGAAUCUACACAGGGCAUGACGGGAUGAAAUCUGCGCAGGAUUUAAAGCAAGAGGCUUUACUGAAACAUGAGAAAACUGAACAACAUAAAUAUUUGGGGAGGGAAUGAACGAAGAAAAAAAACAACAAUUUAUUUUUCUCUUUCUUUUGCAAAAAAAAAAAGCAUUUUUACUGCAAUAAACUUUUAACUUCCGAGGAACCAAAGCAGCUAGAAAACAAGAGAACUCAACAAACCAUAUGAAACCAGAACAGACUGACAUAUUUUAAAUGAAAAACUAAAAAAAAAGUAAAAAAGAAGAAAUAAAAAAAAAAAGAAAAAACACAAGAAAGCAGAAAAAAAAAACAAAUUCUAUUUUAAUAAGAAGAUUUUUUUGGUCAUUUUUUACAGUAGAUUUUUUUUGUUCUUUGUGGUUUUUUUAAUUUAAAUGCAUACCAGAUGAGGAAAUCGCAGAAACAGUACAUAAGCCGGCGGAUAGAAUGCAAAAGAGAGACUGCAAAAGGGGAAGUUGCAAUUUUGCUGCCUGACGCCAUUUUAUUUUUGAUGAAUUUAUUUUUUGUUUGUUCUUUUUUAAAAGACUAUGGCAAGAUUGUUUUUUUUUAAUCUUAUUUUAUGUUUAUUGGAUUGGGGGGAGCUAUAUGCAAAGCUAUUUUUUAGUUAUUUUAAUGUCCGUUUGUGAUCAUGUUUUGGAUCUUUCUUGUCACUCGUAUUGAUUACUUGUCAAUUUUGUCAGAAUGGAAGCCACAGCACAGCAUACUAGAAAAGAAAA